AUGGUCGAAGCACGCGGAGUGCUAGACAUGCCACCACGGCGGAGCAGAGAUGCUCCAGAAACCUUCAAAGGCGACUACACCACCAUUCGGGACUUCAUCAUGGACUAUGAACAAUUAUGCCGCAAGCACAACAUCGACGACGACGCUGACAAGGUCUCCCUCAUCAGAAGAUACUGCUCUAGGUCGGUCAGGGAAGUGAUAGAGGGCAUGCUCUACUUCACUAACCCUGACUGGGACAACUUCAAGAGAGAACUUCUGCGCAAAUACAACGACGACCGGAACGACCUCAAAUUCUCCCUUCGCGACCUUAGGGAGCUCGUUGCUCUUUCCAAACAAGACACCAUCUCCAACAUCGACGAAUUCAGGAACUAUGAGCGCAACUUCAUUCGCGUCGGCGGAUGGCUCCUAGGAAAAGGCAAGAUCAACGAACAACAGAGCAACUACUAUUUCUGGAAAGGACUACCCAAGACGCUGCGAAACCAACUGGAGCGAAAGCUCUAUGAACUCUACCCCACUGACAUCGACGUUACAGAAUCGAUUCGACAUGGACGACUCUGA